CUGAAGUUAUAUCGGCCGAAACUUUGUUUUUAUAUUUAAUAACCUAUCUUGAGCAGCAAUUAUAAUAAUAAUACAUUGAUUGUUCGUUACUAUAAUAAACAUGAUUAUUUUUUUAACUUCAAUUGCUUCAGCCUAAUUUGUUUAUUCGUGUAAUUUGAAGACAUUGGAUAUUGAACAUUGUGGUUGUAGGGUUGUGGUUAAUUUCAAAGAUAAAGUGUUAUGUACUAAUAAUUAGGUUUUCAGUUAUACAAUUAGCUCAGUUAACACCACUUUCAGCGCUGUUUAACUUAAUUGCCUGCAGUGCACUAUAGGUGACUUCUAACAUCAUAAUGAAAAUGGAACUGUCACCGGAACAGUACCUGAUAUCCAUGGCCAAGAAGUAUUUUGAAGUAGACAAGUACAAAUCCAAAGCCUGGCUUCUGACUGCUACUACGUUGUUCCGAAACAACUUCGCUAUUCAGUUUGAAGCUUAUGAAAUAGAGAAAGGCGCAAACAAUUGUAAGGAAGCUUCAAAAUGCUUCAGAAAUUUGUUUCGUCAAUUUUCAAACAACGAGCGCUUGUGGUUGGAAAUACAACAGCUGAUGAUAGCUCUGCGUUCAGAUCAUCCUGAUGAUAACCAGACUUUCCUCUGCAAUAUGUUCAACCAUCUGCCCCCAGAGGUACAACACGAACUGCUCCUGGUGGCGGCUGAUCACAGUGAAGACACAAUGGAACAUUGUCGCCUCAUGUUGCUGUUACUCAACAAGUUUCCUGCUACGAUAUCACAACACAGGGUAUGCAAUUAUGUCUUAUGUUACAGAGGUACAACACAAACUGCUCCUGGUGGCGGCUGAUCACAGUGAAGACAC